GAAAAAAGGGAAGAAGAAGAAAUACCAACCUCCUGUUGGUAGGUCUCUUUUUAGUUUUAUUUGUUGGAAGUUUGGUGUCUCUCUUUUCUUUUUGAUUGUAAAGUUGAGUGCAAAAUGGCUCGAGGUCCGAAGAAGCACUUGAAGCGUUUGAAUGCCCCAAAAGCAUGGAUGUUGGAUAAAUUGGGAGGUGUUUUCGCACCUCGCCCAUCUACAGGACCUCACAAAUUGCGAGAGUCUUUGCCCUUGGUGAUCUUCCUACGUAACCGAUUGAAGUACGCUUUGACUAACAGCGAAGUUACUAAGAUUGUUAUGCAAAGGUUAAUCAAAGUAGAUGGAAAAGUAAGGACCGACUCCAAUUACCCUGCUGGGUUUAUGGAUGUUAUUACCAUUGAAAAAACUGGUGAAUUUUUCCGACUCAUCUAUGAUGUUAAAGGACGAUUUGCAGUGCAUCGUAUUACCGCUGAGGAAGCAAAGUACAAACUAUGCAAAGUCAGGAGGAUGCAAACUGGCCCCAAAGGAAUUCCCUUCAUAGUGACACACGACGGACGUACCAUCCGUUAUCCUGACCCAAACAUCAAGGUCAACGACACCAUCCAGUUGGAGAUUGCCUCUUGCAAAAUCCUCGAUUACAUAAAAUUCGAAUCUGGAAAUUUAUGUAUGAUAACUGGAGGAAGGAAUUUGGGUCGUGUUGGUACGGUCAUCAAUAGGGAACGUCAUCCAGGUUCCUUUGACAUUGUACAUGUCAAGGACGCCAAUGGACAUGUUUUCGCUACUAGGUAAGUUAGACACUGAACAGUGUC